GAGAAAAAAUGCGUUGACCGAGGUAGGGCCAGCCCGGCACCGUCUACCUGCAAGUACUUGUCUACUGUAUUUUCUUGCUUGUUUUCAUUUGUCCUGAGCAAAGUGUCUCUAGGAGUGCCCGCAGUGAUCUGUCCUGACAAGGAAGUACAUGAUCAUACUGUAAAUAAAUAACAGUCUGGAUAUGCCUUUUAAAGAUGAAGGUCUAUCUGCGCUAUUAGAAAGUGGAACCAUGGAUCAGUGGAGACCUGGAACCGUAAUUGUACUGUAGCUUUCGGGUGCCGACACCGGGACUCGUCCUACAUUCAGAGGGAAAUGUGUGUAGCAAAGAAGCAGAAAGGAACGCAGAGGCGCAUUUGGCUCCGGUAUGGCGUUUGGUGCAUUGUUGUUCUGUUGGUACUCGGGACCUUUUGCAUUCACCGGUUCUUCAGGACUCAUCUCCAGGUACAGAACAACUUCUUUCUGCACUCAGCUCCAGAGAUAGCAAACAACCUGGAUCUGGAAUCGUUCUACGUGGCUUAUCCUCAUGAGUAUCACUUCAUCCUGGACCAGCCGGAGUUGUGCAAGCAACACAACCCCUACAUAGUGAUCAUCGUUCCGGUGGCACCUCAUGACGUGGAAGCACGGAAUGCCAUAAGAAGCACAUGGGCGAACGAAAGCUUGGUCCAGGAGGGAGAUGUUCUGGUUCUGUUCCUACUAGGAUUCCCAAGUGGGAGCGACACUGAAACGCAACAGGCCCGUAUACAUCAGGAGAACCUGCAGCACCGAGAUCUGAUUCAGAGCGACUUCAUCGAUUCCUACAGGAAUCUGACGAUUAAAACUAUGGUGAUGCUGGAAUGGCUGAGAGAUCGCUGCCCCCAGGCAUUUUAUGCGGCGAAAGUGGACGCUGACAUGUUGCUAAAUGUUGGCGCACUGAUGGAAAUGCUACUAAAGUCCUCUCAAUAUCAUAGCAACUACAUCACCGGGCUGGUGUGGUACGGGAAUGUAGUAAUCAGAGAUCCAUUCAGCAAGUUUUACGUCCCUUCAGAUGUGUAUCCCAAUGACGUGUAUCCACCGUACCCUUUGGGAAUGUGCUACAUCAUUUCCAUGGACCUUCCGGCUAAGAUUCUGGACGUGUCGAGAAAAGUUAGACCCAUCUUCAUCGAGGACGCGUAUAUCGGCUUGUGCCUCGAACAACUCCAUAUCACUCCCACAAACCCUCCGAACGUCGCGCAGUUCGUGGUCAAGCCACCUCCAGAGUAUGACCGCUGCUAUUAUUCUGACCUCAUUGCCGUGACAACGAACAAUCCGGCUCAGCUUAUCUCCUACUGGGUUGACCUUCACAAACCUGGCCCGGCAUGCGAGGAGCCACAUAAUACUCAUUUCAGUUAAGAAAUUAUCAGAGGUCCUGUUUAUUGUGUUGCAACAAUUAAUAAAGGUGCAAAAAAUAAAAAGUUAUUGUAUUUUGCCAGUUACAUUAGCCACGUUGAAAUCAUGCUCUCCGUGCGUAAC